UCAGCCCACACAGUUCAAACUUCUACGGCCACCAUCAAUAAUCAAACACAAUCAAUCUCUCUCUCCUCCUUCAGUACCAUUUCCAACAUUUCUCACAACACUUCCGUUUUCUCUCUCUCCUCUUUCUAACUGUCGGAUUUUCCGUUACCUUCUUCAACUUCAUCAAUGGCGACUUUCAGAGCAAUCGGAGGUAAAUGCAGAGCUUUAAUGGCGGCAGCAAGCUCUUCCGCUACAACUGCCGCUAAAUCUGCUACAGCGAAAAAACCAAAACGCCCAUCUUCUUCUUCUUCUCCUUCCGCUACUCCUCCUCUUAAGGGUUUCUCGAAGCCGAUUCCUGUCUCCCCUAUUCUCAGCGAUUUCAUUGGCUCUCCCGAAGCUUCUCGAACUGCAGCCGUCAAGAAGGUGUGGGAACAUAUCAAGCUCAACAAUCUUCAGAAUCCUGCCAAUAAGAGGGAGAUCAUAUGUGAUGAGAAGUUGAAGGCCUUGUUUAGCGGGAAGGAUAGAGUCGGUUUCUUGGAGAUUGCAAAAUUGCUGUCCCAGCACUUUGUAAAGACUGGCUGACCAUGUCUGUGGAUGAAGGGCAGCUCUUAAAUUUCGAAUAUGCUAGGGUUUUUAGUUCUGGGGUUGAUAUGGGAACCCAGAAAUGUAGGGUUUUGUGCAUGGCUUUAGUUUCCAGUUCGAUGUACUGAAAUUAUGUUAUUUUUGGAUAGAAAGUCUAAUCCUAAUGGAUUGAUUCCGGAAUUGAUUUCGGAAUUGAUUUGUGUGA